CACAGCGGAGCUCUGGUGUUGCACGAUUGAGCAGAUUGCGUCGGCUUUGCAGUUCGGAUCGUUGGCUUUUGCAUGUUCCCUGCCAAACAUUCCGCAUCUCGGCAAUCGGAUUACAGUUAUUGAUAAGGUAGCAGGGAGCAUGAUAUGAGUUUGAAUCUUGGUUUUUCAGGUUAGUUAUUAGGAGUUGGAGCUCCCAGACUGGAGAGAGUGCACAUCCUGUGUGAUGCUUUGUUAGUUGGGGCGCGCGCAAUGGGUUUCUGCGAGUGUUAGUGAAGUGCAUAUGAGCUGCGAUUCGUAGUACAUGAUGCAGUUUAGUUGCGUUCGAAAAUGGCGUGAGUUGUAAGGUUAGGGGAGUUUAGGGUUUUGGGGUUUAUUGGACCGCGCAGAGGAUUGCUUCCGGGGGUAAGCGGAGUUGUAUCGCUGCGCUCUUGCUUAUCAUUCGAAUAGAAAGAUGGCCCAGAAUUUGGGAGGAGCUGCGCGGAAUGCUGGGAACUGCGUGGGCAAGUUGUGGAGACAGCAGGUGUGGAGGCAGGGCAUUUGGAAAACAGACAGUGUACUGAAUGGUGACGGAAUUGCGACAGUUUCCCAAGCAAGCGGAAGUGUGCCCGAGCUCCGACGGUUUUUCUCUUCAUGCAGAGCAGGACAGUUCUUACCCCGGGUUUCGGGACUGCAGAAGCAAGCAUUAGACAGGCGGUUUUACUACACCGAUCCGCGAGGCGUUGUGCAUUUCAAAAAGAGAGGGCCUUCUGUGUGGAUUGAAGAAAGUCGCGGUGGUGGUCGGGCGGGGCAGAAAAAGAUCCUGAUCCUUCUAGGUGCUGCAGGAAGUUUGUCUGCGUAUGUAUACUUCACCAAUUUGCAGACCGUACCCUACACUCACCGGAAACACUUUGUCUUGGUUGGGCCGGGCAUGGAGCGUAAUUUGGGGGAACAGGAAUUUAAGAAUGUGAAGCAGGAGAUGUCGGCAAUGAUCCUUCCUCCAAUACAUCCCGAGAGUGUUCGCGUCCGCAGAAUUGCGAGGGAUGUGAUUGAGGCGACUAUGGCAGGGACGAAGACACAGAGCUGGGAUCACAUGGAGCAGCAUUCCCUUAUACCACACCCAUCUUUAGGCGAUGCGCAUCCACAACCCAACCCCGCGACUACAAGGCUUGAACCCUACAAGGCACCUGAAGAUGUGUAUGGGAAUGAAAAGAUAGAGGACGACAUGUGGGUGGAUAAGAGCAGAAAGAAAGGCUUGGAUCAAGGAUCGGAGGGUUACACUGCGCACUUGAAUACUUUUAAGUGGGAAGUCAUCGUGGUAGAUCAAGAUAUUAUGAACGCGUUCUGUCUUCCUGGAGGCAAGAUCGUCGUCUUCACGGGGCUGCUCAACAAAUUUCGAUCAGACACUGAAAUUGCAACCGUUCUUGGUCACGAGGUUGGACACGUGGUGGCUCGGCACGGGGCAGAGAAGCUGACGCAGGGAGUGUGGCUAGGCUUCUUGCAGCUCAUCGUUCUGUCAAUCGUUUAUAUGCCUGCCCUAGUGUCCAGCACUUCAAAUCUUCUUCUUACACUUCCUUUCUCAAGGAGGAUGGAGUCUGAAGCAGAUCACAUCGGCUUGAUGCUAAUGGCAGCUGCGGGCUACAAUCCCAGAAUCGCACCUACAGUCUACGAGAAAAUGGCUCAAUUGGGAAAAGAACCUGAGUUGUUGCAAUACGCUUCCUCUCAUCCAUCUGGCAAGAAACGAGCUGAAGCACUGCGAGAAAGUACCACUAUGCAGGAAGCUGUAAGAAUAUACAGCGACAGAUUGGCUGGCCAGGGUGAAAUACAUGGAUUUCUGUGAAGACCAAGUUCUCUAUAUAAUUGCCUUAUCAAACUUUGCAGCAUGCCCAUUCUUGGUAUCUUCGAGCAGACGAUAGAUUCCCUGUAUUGAAGCUCCAGAAGUCUGCUAUGUGAGCCAGUUAUCUGUUUGAACUGUUGUGUUUCCAGCUCUGUAAAUAAUCGUUCCGGUCACAAUGUCUUGCAGCUGUGGUUACAAUGUGCAGGACAUAUGAGAAAGAUUACGUAAUUCAGAAGCCAUUGCUGUGCAUUUUAUUUAUUUAUUUUUAUAGUACCAUAGGUCUCGUCCCAAUCACAUUAACACGUGCCAUUCGAUUUCGGCACGUUUCACCAAUCAUUGUUCUAGUUUAUUUUAUUACAACAGUACCUGACAUUGUUUCACCAAUCAUUAUUUUAUUUUAUUACAACAGUAACUUCCACGAUGAGGUCGGUUACUGGUUAAUUAUCUAAA